GUAUCCUCUCUCACCCGUUGUUAUAAAUACCGAACGGGGAGAGAGGCGGAGGCCUCGUCUUCGUAGAUCCCGCGCGAUAGAGGAAUCGAAAGCAUUCGGAAGAACGAUUUCAUUCGCUAACGGUGAUGAAGGGAGACAAUGACAUGGAGUUCAUGGCGGCAGAGGUGACAGUGGAGAAGAAAUCCAGGUUUCGGAGGAUAUGCGUGUUCUGCGGGAGUCAGUGCGGGAAGAAGACUAGCUACCAGGAGGCCGCCAUCGAGCUCGGCAAGGAACUGGUGAACAGUGGAAUCGAUCUGGUGUACGGAGGAGGGAGCAUUGGGUUGAUGGGCCUCGUUUCUCACGCAGUUCAUGAUGGGGGACGCCAUGUCUUGGGGGUUAUUCCGAAAUCCUUGAUGCAGAAGGAGCUUACUGGUGGAACAGUUGGAGAAGUUAGAGCUGUAUCAGACAUGCAUGAAAGGAAAGCUGAGAUGGCUCGCCAGGCAGAUGCCUUCAUUGCUUUGCCUGGUAUAAUUUCUAUCACUGAACGAUACCUUGUAUGCUUUCAUGUCAGCCACUUCAAUCUUUUAUCAUCUCCUAAUAUCAAUCACAAAUCAGGUGGAUAUGGGACACUCGAGGAACUACUUGAGGUCAUUACAUGGGCUCAGCUUGGAAUCCACAAGAAGCCGGUUGGACUGCUGAAUGUUGAUGGCUUUUACAAUUCAUUGUUAUCAUUCAUUGAUAUGGCUGUCGAGGAAGGGUUCAUAUCACAAGCUGCUCGCCACAUCAUUAUAUCUGCCCAUUCAGCCAAGGAGCUGAUGAGGAAACUUGAGGAAUACGUACCUGAGUACGAAUCGACGGUGGUAUGGGAUACCGAACAGAAGGCACUAAGCUUUGUGCCGGAACCGGAGUCCAGUAUUGCAUCCUAAUCUCCCUGUGGCGCCGGCCGCUUUGCUUUCCUCCCUUGGUCACUAACCAUACUCUUCAAAGACAAGUUUAGAACAGAGUUCAACAACGUCAGAGUAAAUAGCGUCCUCAACAUUUCGUUCUCAAGUUAAAUGACAGUCUCUCUGUAGUCUUUGUAUUUAAA